AUAAAUGUUAAUACCUUUAUAUGAUAGAUAGUUAAUGUGUUUGAUAGGUCACUCACACGGAGGAGGUGGACAUGGUCACUCACACGGAGGUCACUCACAUGGGAAAGACAAAAAACGGGAGCAGGAAUCCCUUGUUGAGAAGGACAAUACCACUGCAUCUAAUGGGGACACUGUUGAACACAGCAUGCAUCACACUAGUCAUAUAUCAAACAUGUCAAUUGUGUCCAUAGACUUGGACAAUGAUAACGCCGAUCCAUCGAGUGCACAGCUGAACAUGAGGGGGGUGUUUCUACAUGUGUUGGGAGACGCCCUGGGGUCGGUGGUAGUUGUCGUGUCUGGACUGGUCAUCUUGUUUGUAGAAGACGACUGGAAGUAUUAUGUGGAUCCUGCUAUGAGUAUUGUCAUGGUUAUUAUCAUCCUCUGCACAACUGUACCAUUAUUGAAAGAGUCCGGGUAUAUACUUUUACAAGCAGUGCCUGAUCAUAUACAACUGGAGGAAAUUAAGAACAAAUUAAAAAAGGUAAUUUAG